CCAAAAAAAAAAGAAUUGAGAAAGAAAAAAAACAUUUUUCCAUCUCUCUUCUCUCUCAUCUUUAAAGCAAUGGAUCGACAAGAUUCCGAUGACAUCAUGAAAUUUCUAGACGGCAUGGCUAGCUCCGACGAUGUUUUGUUUGGUUUUCUCGACGAAGGAAAUCAUUCACCGGAGGAUUACACUGACUCCAAUAACUUCGCCGCCGGGGAAGAAUCUGAUGCUGACGACUACGCCGCCGGUUCCAAUUCUGAAGAGAAUAAAAAGUUUUGGCAUGAACAAGAACAACUUCUCCAGGCGACACUUUAUAGGACAAGUUCAAUUGAGACAAAGAUUAGACAAGCAACGAAGGAAGCGUUGAAAGAAGUGAGAUCAAAGGGUUUGCAAUGUGUUUGUCGUAGACCCGUGACUGGCGGUUGCCGUCGCUGUUUGUGCGGCGAAGUAUCUCGCCGUCUCCGAGACGCCGGCUAUGAUUGCGUCAUCUCUAAAUCCAAGUGGAGAAGCAAUCAUGAGAUCCCUGCAGGUGAGCAUGAAUAUUUAGAAAUCGUGGACAAAUCUGGUUCAAAGAAAGGCGAGAUCCGGGUGGUGAUUGAGCUGUCUUUUAGAGCGGAGUUUGAGAUGGCGAGAGGCAGUGAAGAGUACAAGCGACUCAUCGGAAUAUUACCGGAGGUGUACGUCGGGAAAACAGAGAGACUAAAAUCAUUGAUAAAAAUAUUGUGCACGGCGGCAAAAAAGUGCAUGAAAGACAAGAAAAUGCACAUGGGUCCUUGGAGAAAACACAAGUACAUGCAGGCCAAGUGGUUCGGGACUUGUGAGAAAAAAUCUGUGACACCGGUUCUAGAGACGGAGACAAAUGAUGAUAGGUUUCCGAAGCCAAAGCAGAGGGUUUCUAUGUUGAAUUAUGGUCUUUUUGGUGGUUUAUCUACCGGAAUGGAUUGUCCGACUGCCUUAGCGGUCGUCUGAUUAUAUAUAAUUAUAGACUUACAAAUGCAAUAAGUUAGGGGAAAGUGAAAUGAGUUUCCCAUUUUGUGUGUCCCAAACAGGGCAACUUAUUGGACCAUUAUAGUAUAUACGGCGUUAUUUUAACUAAGAUACAUUUUAAUUUCACUGGUUA